AUGAGUAGGAAAACAUUGUUCAAAUUUAGUACUGUUGUGAACACCGUGGAGCAUGGAGGGAACACAGGAACUGUUUCAAAGAUCCCCCAGUGUGCUGGCUGCAACCAGCACAUCCUGGAUAAGUUCAUCCUGAAGGUCCUGGACAGACACUGGCACAGCUCCUGUCUCAAGUGUGCGGACUGCCAGAUGCAGCUGGUUGACAGGUGCUUCUCCAGGGCCGGGAGUGUCUACUGCAAGGAGGACUUCUUCAAGCGCUUUGGCACAAAAUGCACAGCCUGCCAGCAGGGCAUCCCCCCAACCCAGGUGGUCCGCAAGGCCCAGGACUUCGUCUAUCACCUGCACUGCUUUGCCUGCAUCAUCUGCAACCGGCAGCUGGCCACCGGGGAUGAGUUCUACCUUAUGGAGGAUGGGCGGCUAGUGUGCAAGGAAGACUAUGAGACAGCCAAGCAAAAUGAUGACUCGGAGGCUGGGGCUAAGCGACCGCGGACCACCAUCACAGCAAAGCAGUUGGAAACACUAAAGAACGCAUACAAGAACUCUCCGAAGCCUGCCCGGCAUGUGAGGGAGCAACUCUCCUCCGAGACAGGCCUGGACAUGAGGGUGGUACAGGUUUGGUUUCAGAACAGACGCGCCAAGGAGAAACGGCUGAAGAAGGACGCUGGGCGGCAUCGCUGGGGGCAGUUCUACAAGAGUGUCAAGAGGAGCCGGGGAGGCAGCAAGCAGGGGAAGGAGAGCUCGGCAGAGGACUGUGGGGUUAGUGACAGUGAGCUGAGCUUCCAAGAGGAUCAAAUUCUCUCAGAGCUUGGCCACACCAAUAGGAUUUAUGGAAACGUGGGGGACGUUACAGGCGGACAGUUAAUGAAUGGGAGCUUCUCCAUGGAUGGGACAGGACAAUCCUAUCAGGACUUGAGGGAUGGGAGCCCCUAUGGAAUCCCCCAGUCUCCAUCCUCCAUAUCGUCCCUGCCAUCCCAUGCUCCUUUGCUCAGUGGGCUGGAUUACACAGUGGACAGUAAUCUGGGCAUCAUUGCACAUGCAGGGCAGGGAGUAAGCCAGACACUGAGAGCCAUGGCUGGGGGACCCACUUCUGACCUCUCCACAGGAAGCAGUGUAGGCUACCCUGAUUUUCCAACUAGCCCAGCUUCCUGGCUCGAUGAAAUGGACCAUCCUCCUUUUUAGACUUUCUUCCCCACCUUAUCUGUCCUCCUGGCUUGAGAGAAUAUCUUCAAGGAUCAAAAGAGACUUGCCUCUUAAGGAUCAAAUUGCGCCAAUGUGAAUUUCCAUUAUUUUCAAUGGAAGUCCUCCGCUGUUCCUAGAAGGCUGAGACCACACUAGGACACUGCUUUCUUGGGAGAUGACAGGAGAGCAACCUCAUCUCAACCACAGCACAGGGGUGGACAGCCUAGAGCUCUAGGGCUGCUGGCUUGUUGGCUCCCUCCCCUCUCACCUUGCUUCAAGGCUUUGGCUGCUCAGUGCUUUGACAGCACAAGGUGACUGUGACAGGCCACCUUGCCUUUGGGAACUCUGCCCAGCCUGUACAUCUCACCCUUUGCCUCCUAAAUCACCACAUUCACCAGAACCAGGAUUCCCGAGGGAGAGGGCACCGUGGCCCUUGAGAAUAAUAAAAUGGUUUCUGGACCACCUUGAUUACA